UUUGGAUGAAUCACCCGGCUGGCCAAUAGCUAUCCGAAUGAUUCUUCACGCGUGACUUCGUUUCAUUAUUACAAAAUGUGGCUGGAUAGACCUGCCCAGCCAUUACUGCCGAUGUUCAUUUGUAAUGCUGCCUUAAGGAGAUGAGGAGAUGAGAGCAAAUUGUUCCAGCAGUUCAGCCUGCCCUGCCAACAGUUCGGAGGAGGAGCUGCCAGGGGAACUGCAGGUUUAUGGGAGCCUCGAACUUGUUUUCACGGUGGUGUCAGCUGUGAUGAUGGCGCUGCUCAUGUUCUCUCUGGGAUGCUCCGUGGAGGUCCGGAAGCUGUGGAUGCACAUCAGGAGACCCUGGGGCAUUGCUGUGGGGCUGCUCUGCCAGUUUGGCCUCAUGCCUUUUAUAGCCUAUCUCUUGGCCAUCAGCUUCUCCCUGAAGCCAGUGCAAGCGAUCGCUGUUCUCAUCAUGGGCUGCUGCCCCGGGGGGACCAUCUCCAACAUUUUCACCUUCUGGGUUGAUGGAGAUAUGGAUCUCAGCAUCAGUAUGACAACCUGUUCCACGGUGGCUGCCCUGGGAAUGAUGCCACUCUGCCUUUAUCUCUACACCUGGUCCUGGAAUCUGCAGCAGAACCUCACCAUUCCGUAUCAGAACAUCGGAAUUACCCUGGUGUGCCUGACCAUUCCUGUGGCCUUCGGUGUCUACGUGAAUUACAGGUGGCCAAAACAGUCCAAAAUCAUUCUUAAGAUUGGCGCCAUCGCUGGUGGGGCCCUCCUUGUGGUGGUCGCGGUCGCUGGUGUGGUGCUGGCAAAAGGAUCUUGGAACUCAGAUGUCACCCUACUGACCAUCAGUUUCGUCUUUCCUUUGAUCGGCCACAUCACAGGCUUUCUGCUGGCACUCUUUACCCACCAAUCUUGGCAAAGGUGCAGGACGAUUUCCUUAGAAACUGGAGCUCAGAAUAUUCAGAUGUGCGUCACCAUGCUCCAGUUAUCUUUCAGUGCUGAGCACUUGGUCCAGAUGUAUAGUUUCCCGCUGGCCUACGGACUCUUCCAACUGUUGGACGGAUUUCUCAUUGUUGCAGCAUACCAGACAUACAAGAGGAGACUGAAGAAUAAACACAGAAAGAAGAACCCAGGCUGUGCACAAGUCUGCCGUAAGAAGAAAUCCGCUUCUUCCAAAGAGGCCGACUCUUUCUUGGAGAUGAAUGAAGGCGCCGUAGCUCCGGGGCCAUCAGGGCCAGCGGAUUGCCACAGGGCUCUCGAGCCAACGGGCCACUUCGCUUUGUGUGAAUAGUGGGGACUUGGGGAGAGACUCCUCAGCGGCCAGUAAACAGCGUGGAGCUGAUGCGUGAAUCUCCUCGGUAGGGCCUGGGUGAAUAAGUGUCAAAUGUUAGAGUACUUGUGUUUUUGAGUGGAUUGUGAAUUGUGACAGGAUCACUUUUUGAGAAUAUUUUGCACCCAUUUCAGGGAGUUCUUUUGGGAGUUUACACAACAUA